ACGAAAGCUGUUUAAAAAAGGCCUUUUGCUCGGUGUUGUGCACGCGUUCAAGCGCACUAGCUAAAGACAUGUCGGACAUGAAUCAGCUUUGCAAGCUCUUUGUUGGCGGUUUGAACGUCCAAACUACUAAUGACGGACUUCGUGCUCAUUUUGAACAGUAUGGGGCACUAACGGAUUGCGUGGUGGUCCAAAACGACCAACUUCAGCGGUCUCGUUGCUUCGGCUUUGUAACGUACUCCACUCCCGAGGAGGCUGAUGCAGCAAUGGCCGCUAGGCCACAUGUGGUUGACGGCAAAGGCGUUGAGCUGAAGAGAGCCGUGGCUCGAGAAGAUGCGGGGAAACCCGAAGCUCUCGCCAAAGUGAAGAAGAUAUUUGUUGGCGGCUUAAAAGAGGACAUCGAAGGAGACCACCUCACCGAUUACUUCUCACAAUUUGGCGCGAUAGAGAAAACCGAAGUGAUCACCGACAAAGACACCGGCAAGAAGCGUGGAUUUGGCUUUAUCCACUUUGAAGAUAACGACUCGGCCGACAAAGCGGUCGUGCUCAAGUUUCAUAUGAUCAACGGGCAUAAGGUGGAAGUCAAAAAGGCGCUAACGAAACAAGAGAUGCAAGCAGCCGGUGGUGCCCGGGGCGGCAGGGGGAGAGGAGGAGGAAGAGGCAUGAGAGGAAAUCAAAAUGGCUUCGGUGGAGGAAGAGGAGGCUACGGAGGUGGUUAUGGCGGAGGCUACGGAAGCAGUGAUGGCGGCUAUGGAAGCGGAGGCUACGGUGGUGGUUACGGCGGUGGUUAUGGAGCAAGCUACGGAGGAAGCUACAAUGAUCAGAUGGGAGGCUACGGUGGUGGAGAAGGUUAUAGUGACUUUGGCAGCGGAUACGGUCAGCAGUCGUCCGGUUACGGGCCCAUGAAGGGUGCAAGCACGUAUGGCGCUAGAGGCGGGGGAGCCCCGUACUCUCGUGGCGGCGGGGCCGGUUACGGCAGGGGCGGCUACGGAGCCUACUAAUGGCCACGUGGGACGGGAAGAGACUCCGAAACGUGUCCCCUACAUUCUCUCGAAAUGAUCACAUUCACCCGGCCAUGCAAGCGAUGGCGGACACUGUGAAAAGCAUACCUUAAAGACUUCAAUUCUUAACAGGUUUGCUUUCAGUUAUUCCAGUACUUCAAAAUAGCUGUAGCAGAUUGUUUGUACAGGGAACCUGUUCAGUACCUGGGUUCGAUUGUGAUAGGACUGAAAUAUCUCAUUAGGAUAUCAUCCUUCGAUCUAGGUAUGUAAUCAACCUGUCUUUACUACGUGUUGGUCAAGUAUUGCAUUAUUUUAUUAAAUAGAUUAUAUUAAGCUAUUUAUAUUGCUCUCUGCCCAUAAGUGAAGUGGAUCUACUGUAUUUACCUCAACUGGAGCGUUGGAUUUUGGGUCUGCGUAUAACAAAGGGGCUUAUUAGGGCAUUUGAGGUGGCCUUGGAUACUGGACUCUACCCACAUCUGCUGUGGCCAUGGAGUUUGGUUAUCUACAAGACCCAUCAACUAGCUUUUGUGUGUAAAAUCCUAUUUGGGUGUGGAGGACUGGGACAGCUGUGAUUACAGUGGAAUUCUUAUAAAACUAUUAGUCAUGCAUUAAAAAAAAUCCUAAAUCCAGAAAGUUUUAAACUAUCAAUUAAUAACUGCACAUGUACUGUUUUAAUUGAAAUGUUUUAAAUGAUUUUUAUUUUUCUAAUAAAUAUUACAAUGUGCUUUUA